AUGGCAUCGAGAUUGGCUGCUUAUUCCGUAGACAAGUGUCCCGCAACGUAUGAUAAGUAUAGCUUCACUCUACCGGAGCUCUACCGUCAGAUCGCGAAGGAUGAGCUGCGUGAAGACGAUGCUGUUCGUGAGUGGACCCUGACCGAGAUGCGUCAAUGGAUCGUGAACAAUCCGCACAUCCGCAAGUGUCGUACGGAUGCCAAAUUUCUGCUGCGAUUCCUUCGUCUUCGUCAGUUUUCGGUGCCGAUGGCAUGCGAAGCCCUCGAAGGUUAUCUCGCUCUGAGGGAACUGUAUCCGGGUUGGUACAAGCACCUGGACAGUAACGACGUUGCCAUGAAGGAAAUCUUCAAAAACGGACCCUUCACGUACCUCGGCCAAGACAACGUGGGGCGAGCGGUGGUGCUGAUACGCUUCGGUCGCUUCGAGGAUCAGAAAUUCGGGCCCGUACAAGACGGGCGCUUUAUGGCGUUGUUUAUGGAGACGUUGUUGGAAAUCGAGGAAGUUCAGAUCGGUGGAUGCCAAGUGUUCGUCGAUUAUGCUGGGUGCACCGUUGGCACAUUCGAAAAGUGGAGCAUGACUGAGCUGAAGAUCAUGAUGGAAGCCUACAGUCGUUCGUAUCCGUUGCGGUACGGAGAGAUUCAUGCUGCACAUCUCUCUAAAAACGGCCGUCCCAUUGUCGAUAUGUUCGUGUCGUUUGCGAACCCGAAAAUGCGAGAAAAAAUAAGGUGCUAUUCCACCGUAGCAGAGAUGGAAAAAUACUUCGAUCCUGACAUGAAACCGAAAGAAUACGGAGGUACGAUUGACCUGGAAGAGAUGGGCAGUAGAUUGUGGAAGCGUAUCGAGGAACAACGACAGGUCGUCGUGGGUCUUGAUCGGAUGGAAAUUGAUGUCGAUUACUAUGCUUCACUUUGGGAACAAGAAGAACCAUCGCCAGCAGAAGCUGCGGCUGGGGCAAUCUUAAGAAACAUGGAAACGAAUUAA